CGUCACGGAUUGAUUGGAGAAUCCAACAGAAUAGGGUGCGAUGAGCUCUUCCUGGAACUGAAAUGACUGUCUUGAGGCUACCAUGCAGAGCAGCUACGGGAGCCGCCACCUUUUGUUUCAGCGGGAAAUUCCGGCUCAUCGUCGCGCUCACGCUUGUGUACCUAGGGGUUCGUUUACUCCUGGACUAUCACAAGAGAAGCUUACAUGAGCAACUUCGCAACGAGCUGGGCUUCAAUCAACCACGAUCCACCUCGUUCCCAGGACACCAGCAUCUGCGAGGUUUCCUCAACGGCUUCGAGCAAGAGAACGGUCCAGACAUCAUCCACGUCGUGCCGUCGGUCACAGUCGGAGAGCGCGUGCCCAAUUGCGGUCUCCCGGAUCCCUGCCCGUCGGACUCCUUCUCCGCACAUCUGUUCACCGGAGUCGAUCAUCACGACCAGCCCAAAGUCUGUGUCGAUGGAAAAUAUGUCGUGGGAAAUGGUCUGAAUAAUGGUGGUCGUGGAAUCAACAUGGUGGUCUUAGACACUAUCAACAAGCAUCUGCAACGCGUUGUCAGAUUCGAUACUUAUCAAGAAGAUUCUUCGAUGUUGGAGUCGCUCCUACUGAAUCUCAGAACUGGAGAUAUUGUCUUGCUGGUGACGUUCGAUGAGCCGACGAAAAAGCUAUCAUCGGUCGCGCGUCUCCUCUUCCAUGAGCUCGGCUCGGCGAUGUCUCAGAAUUUGUUGCACUAUCGUUCAUCUUGGUAUUUAGCGACGCAAAAGGGAAUCGACGGCUUCACUCCGUACGAAGACCUGCACACAGUGUUAUCCAAAGGAUGGCCCCCACCACACGAUGUCCGACUUUGCAUUCCUUUCAAAAUUCAAGGGAUGCCGGUCCACCCGGACCCGUCUCAGCACGAUAAUGCCGAUAGAGCGCGAUUCUGUUCGAGACAUAACGACGUGAUCUCAACAUUCUGUACAGGGGACGCUAAACCAGCUCAGCAUCUCCUACAACAGCCGAAAACAUCGAACAACAAGCUCGGGACGUCCCCCGUUGUCGUAAUCAGCGGAUCCCAGAGCAGACUCCUGCCGCAAACUCUGGACACACUCUCCUUGCAGAAUGGACUCGAGAAGCAGAACGUCUUGGUUUUCCACGAGGCCGACGAUAUUAAAGCUCAGGACCUGUGUGAACUCUUCAAUUUCUCAUGUCAGCUUCUCCAGAGUGAUCUAUCGGGUGGGAGAUGCGAGCUCUUGGGACAGGCAAUGGACACUGCAGAGACGAUUUACCCAGAGGCUCCGUACAUGGUCAUUAUCGAAGCGAACGUCCUUCUCGGAUCAGAUUUUCUGCAAUACGUUUCAUCGAUGAUUCUACUCCUCGACCAAGAUUCGACGAUAGGCAGUAUAUCGGGAUUCAAUCCAGACGGGUUCAAUCAUCUCACCCACGAUACAUCCCAAGUCUACAGGAUUCAAGGUAUACCAGGAGUGGCCUUCGUUGUGCGUCGGGGAUUCUCCGCGAAAGAUCGGUGCUCCGGAGAUCAAUGGGACUCAGUGAUUCCAGAAGUGUCUCGAGCCUUGCCGAUAGAGGACGAUGUCCUCUACAGACACAAUGUAUAUCUAGGUAGCCCUGUGACCUGGCCGCUUUCGACACAUCUGGAGAAAUCAGCAUACGAUCAAUGGCUUCUCACGAACAUCAAGAACACGGUUCUCGGUAGCAUUGAUCAGAAUGAUUGUCGCUUCAAAGGGCUACCCGCGGAAGAUCUUCCAGACAGCCAAAUCAUCACCGCGAUCUUCGAACAGAAUUCCCCCGCUGAUGAUUCCCGGCUCCUCGAACUCAGUAAAAAGUGCUUUCGUGCUGGGGAUUCUUUACGAGCUAACUAUCGAGGCGUUUAUCGGAUUCACUAUAGAAAUCAUCACACUUUUCUCGUCGGUAGCAAAAGUCCUUUCGCAAACAUUAACGCAUAA